CAUACGCUGCACAAUCAUGCACUUCUACUUUUUGCUAUAUAAUUAUAUACAUGCAUACAGCAUGAUAUAUACACUUUACACAUGCAUUCAUGUAUGCGCAGAUAUCCGGGAUGAGUGACAUAGUUGAUGGAGAUAGUCUGAUUUCUUGGUUUGACGAUAUACUUGUGCCGGGAAUAAAGAAAUUUCAGAGUUCAGUCACCAGUAACCUUGGAAAUUACUUGGUGGCAUAUGCCAGAGCUUCUUCCAUUUCUGAGAUUCUGAGAGUGAUCAACACCAAAUGCUCUUAUUUUAUUGGUGACGAACGAAGAAAGCAAAUUGGAGUUGCCGUACUACUCAAGCAAUUCUUGAAAGGCUUAGACCUUAAGGAAAUACCGCACGAAGAGGAAAGUGGGAUUAGGAAAAAGCUUAGGAGACGUGCGAAUGUGAAGACAACUGCCACCCAGUAUUUUCUGGCCGAGAAGAAUGAAGGAACAAAAAUCACACGAGAGAAUGGUGUAGGCCAUUCCUGCAUGAUCGCUCCCCAUUCAGAUGUACCCCAGGAAUUUUUUGACAUCGUGGAGGCCAAAGUAGAAGAACAAGAGUUGGACUCUGUCGUCCUUACUCCACCCGACACUCCUGCACAUAUUAUUCGCAAACAGGACGUACACCAUCAUACGCCUCGCCGACCAGAAGCAGGCAACUCAUUCACCAUUAAUGAUGAGCAAGCAAGUUCUCUCCGGGUAGAAGAUACUCUAGAUUCUGACGUCCAGUCCAAACUCAUUGUUGAGCAAACGAGUCCUCUCCGGGUAAAGGAUACUCUAGAUUCUGACGCCCAGUCCAAACUCAUUGUUGAGCAAACGAGUCCUCUCCGGGUAAAGGAUACUCUAGAUUCUGAUGCCCAGUCCAAACUCAUUGUUGUUAAGCAAACGAGUCCUCUAGAUUCUGACGCCCAGUCCACCAAACUCAUUGUUGAUCAAACAAAUCCUCUCCGGGUAGAGGAUACUCUAGAUUCUGACACCCAGUCCAAACUCAUUGUGAAGCAAACCAGAGCAAAACGGUCAGCAAGAAGGAAGCGUGUACGACCACCUACAGAUCCCUUGGUACAAGCUGCAAACAAACUUCAAGGGUGUUUAACAAUUACAGCCUUGGAGGAUGAUCACCAGCCCAAGUCAAAAAGAAAACGCACUAAGAUUGACGAGUCGAGGUGCCAUGUAUGUAAAGAACCAUUUAUAGAUGGUCAAGAAGCCAAGUGGGUGGGGUGUGACUUUUGUCCAAGGUGGUUUCAUAAGAAAUGUAUAAAAGGGUACGUACUCAAAAGGAAAUGGAAAUGUUCUUUCAAGCAUUGACUAAUGAAACUUAAUAAUUCGAAAUA